AUGUCAAUUAUCAAUAUUAUUUUGAAAGGACUUCAGGGAACAGGUAAAAACAGAUUUACAGACAUUAUUUCUGAACUUCUCGCCGGUUAUUCAUGUAAAAACAUUACCGAAAUAAGUGAGCUAACGGGUAAUUUCAAUUCAGUAGUUGAGAAUAAAAUGUUUCUUGUACUUAAUGAACUCAAGAAUGUAGGUGAAGACAGACUCGCAAACUUCAACGCUUUGAAAUCAAUUAUUACGGAUAAUGAGAUUAGAAUUAAUGAAAAGAAUCAACCCAGAAGAACUGCACAGAACGUUGCAAACUUCAUUUUCGUAACUAAUAACGUCUACCCUGUCAAAAUUGAAGUUGGAGACAGAAGAUACGUAGUUUUAAGAGUUAAUGGUAAAUUCAAGGGUCAAUUUGAUUAUUUCAAGAAUUUAAUGGAUUCAUGCACAAAGGAAUUUUAUGAUAAUUUACUGACGUAUUUUAUGCAAUAUGACCUUUCAUCAUUUAAUGUACGAAUCAUACCGAUGACUGAAGCCAAACAAGAUUUAAUUGAAUUAUCAACAAAUCCUUUAGAUGUAUGGAUAAAUACACAUUAUGAUGAAUUGUGUGCAGGUAUGACGUGUAAAAAUGCUCUAUUCUGCAAACCAUCAGACAUGAAAGACAAGAAUUUCCAAAUGAGCAUUAAGGAUAAAUGUGAUAGGAAACAAAGAAGAAUAGAUGGUAAACAAACAUGGUGUUAUGUUUUGAAAGAAGAAAUGAAAGGAUUAUAUAAACAGGUUGAACCAAACGAUAAUGAGGAUUCAUUUACUGAUGAUGAAAUACCUGUAAAUGAAGCUUUAUAA